AUGGCCGCACAAUCGAAACUCCUCCCCCCAGGCCGGAGCGUCAAACAACUACUCUCCCAACUGACCUCCCUGUACCUCCAACACCGCACCAAGAUCUCGAGAACCGUGUACAUCACCCUCGUCGUCGCCCUCAUCCACCGCAUCCACAAUGCCAUCUCCGAACAGAAGGCCGCCGCGCGACGACAAGCCGAGAUCCAACGCGACCGGGCCCGUCAAGCGCAGCAGCAGGGCAGCGGCGCCGGCCUCGACGCAGACAACAACAGCUUCCAAGGCAAGCCACCACCCCGUCAUGGCUCCGCCUCCGACGAUCCCAAGAAACCCAAGCGCGUCGAGAUCAACCGCGAGUUCUUCCGCUCUCUAGCCCGCCUCGUCCGCAUCGUCAUUCCCUCGUGGCGGUCCAAGGAACUGCGCCUCCUCGUCUCGCACACCGUCUUCCUCGUCCUCCGCACGCUCCUCUCUCUGUACGUCGCCGAGCUGGACGGCAAGGUCGUCUCGGCCCUCGUGCGCGGCCGCGGCCGCGACUUCAUCCUGGGCCUCGUGUGGUGGAUGCUGGUCGCGGUGCCCGCCACGUUCACCAACUCGAUGCUCCAGUACCACCAGACGCGGCUGGCGCUGGCCUACCGCACCCGCCUGACAAAGCACCUGCACGAAAAGUACCUGGACAACAUGACCUUCUACACGCUGUCGGCGCUGGACGACCGGAUCAAGAACGCCGACCAGCUGAUCACGGUCGAUGUGGCGCGGUUCGCGAACUCGCUGGCAGAACUGUAUGGGAAUCUGGCCAAACCGGUGCUGGACAUGGUCAUCUACAAUUACAGCCUGAGCAAAUCCGUGGGCGGGGAGGGCUUGUUCGCCAUGGCACUGCUGGUGCAGGUGUCGGCGAACGUGAUGCGCGCCCUCACGCCGCCGUUCGGCAAGUACGUCGCCGACGAGGCCCGGCUGGAGGGCGAGUUCCGCUUCCAACAUACGCGGCUGAUCGACUAUUCCGAGGAGAUUGCCCUGUACGCGGGCCACGAGGCCGAGAAAGACACGCUGGACAAGGGCUACUUUACGCUGAUCAAGCAUGUGAAUCGCAUUUUGAGGCGCCGCUUCUACCAUGGCUUCAUGGAGGAUUUCGUCAUCAAGUACUUCUGGGGUGCGCUGGGCCUGGUGCUGUGCAGUUUGCCAGUCUUCUUCCACAUCCCGGGGCAGGAGCAACUGCAGGCGCAGGGGCAAGGGCAAGGGUCAGACCGACUGCGAGGGGGAGAGCGCGGCGAUCACACGGAGACUUUCGUCACGAAUCGGCGGAUGCUGUUGAGCAGCUCGGAUGCCUUCGGCCGGCUGAUGUUCAGUUACAAGGAGAUCACAGAGUUGGCCGGGUACACGUCGCGGGUGGCUUCGUUGCUGGACGUCAUGGAUGAGGUCUCCAAGGGCCAUUUUGAGAAGAACCUCGUGAGUUCGGCGAGCACGGAAGAGAACGCGGCCGUGCUGCGUGGGAGAGGUACUAUUGAAGAGAGCGAGAAUAUCGAGUUCACGGACGUGCCAAUCGUGUCGCCGAACGGGGAUGUGCUGGUCAGGAAGUUGACCUUUGCGAUCAAACCGGGCGAUCAUCUACUCAUCGUGGGGCCCAACGGGUGUGGGAAAUCCUCUCUCUUCCGCAUCCUCGGCGGGCUGUGGCCCGUCUACGGUGGCAGCGUCAAGAAACCGUCCUUUGAAGAUAUCUUCUACAUCCCACAACGACCGUAUCUCAGUCGCGGGACGUUACGGGACCAGAUCAUCUACCCGGACACGCUGUACGAGUUCCGCGCCAAGAACGGGUCAGAGGACCGUCUCCGGCAGAUCCUGGAGAUCCUGGAAAUCGAAUCUGUGCUCCAACGGCCUGGCGGGUGGGAUGCAGUCGAAGAGUGGCGCGACGUCUUCUCCGGCGGUCUGCAGCAACGGAUCGCCAUGGCGAGGCUGUUCUACCACCAGCCAAAGUAUGCCAUUCUCGACGAGUGUACCAGCUCGGUGACUCUGGAGAUGGAAAGGAAAAUGUACGAGACGGCCAAAGGCCUCGGCACGACCUUGAUGACGGUGAGUCAUCGGAGGAGCUUGUGGAAGUAUCACAGUAUGAUCUUGCAAUUCGACGGCCAAGGCGGCUACGUCUUCUGCCCUCUGGACGCGGAGAGAAGGAUCAAAUUGGAAGACGAGAAGGAGGAGCUCGAGACCUUGCUAAGAGGCGUGGACGGGUGGAAAGCCAGGCUGGACGAGCUGCAGCAGGAUUGA